UUUAUGCUGACCCACACUUCCUUUAACCUCUCAACAAAUUUUCUAGAUUAUCUUUCUUUUUCUUUUUCCAAAUUUAAUUCUCGGAUUUGAUGAAACCCAAGAAUUAUUCUCCGAUGGAGAAACCCAUCUCCGUCGUCACGGGGAAAUUCCGCAGCAGCAGCAACAACAACCAUAACAAUGUCUGGUUCGUUAUUCCUCUCUUCUUCCUCCUCUGUUUCGUUCUCCUCUGUUUCGACUACUCCGCUCUCUCCGGCACCAACACCGACACAGACGAAUCCGCUUUCUCCAUUUCCGACGCUACCCAGAAAUCGAUUCCCCGUGAAAUCACGAAAGAACCCAACUUUACUCGAUUACUCGAAGACACACUUCCCGAUUCUUGCUCCGGCCGGUACAUCUAUCUCCACGAUCUUCCCUCUAGAUUCAAUCGCGAUUUGCUUGAGAAUUGUAGUUUGAUUACAAGGGGAACCGAGAAAAACAUAUGCCCUUAUCUCGAAAACUAUGGAUUCGGUCCCGAGAUUGACAACUCCGAGAACGUACUCUUGGGUCAGUCCUGGUUCACGACGAAUCAGUUCAUGCUCGAAGUGAUUUUCCACAACAAGAUGAUGAAAUACAGCUGCUUGACCGAUAAUUCGUCUCUAGCGUCUGCGAUUUUCGUGCCCUUUUACGCAGGUCUUGACAUGAGCAGGUAUCUAUGGGGAUUCAACAUCUCGGUACGAGACUCCUCGUCUCACGAGCUGAUGGAUUGGCUCGUGAAACAGAAAGAGUGGGGUCGAAUGUCAGGUAGAGACCAUUUCUUGGUCGCAGGAAGGAUUGCUUGGGAUUUCAGGAGACAAACUGAUAACGAAUCAGAUUGGGGAAGCAAGCUCAGGUUCUUACCUGAAUCGAGAAACAUGUCGAUGAUGUCUAUUGAAUCGAGUUCUUGGAACAACGAUUACGCUAUCCCUUAUCCCACCUGUUUCCAUCCUGCAUCUUUGGACGAACUUUCUGAGUGGCAAGAACGUAUGAGGUCUCGGAAACGUGAGUAUCUGUUCGCGUUCGCGGGUGCUCCUAGGCCUGAAUAUAAAGACUCGGUUCGAGGGAAGAUCAUAGAUGAGUGUUUGGAAUCAGAUGGUCAAUGUUACUUGCUAGACUGUAACUAUGGGAAAGUGAACUGUGAUAACCCUGUCAAUGUGAUGAAAGUUUUCAGGAACUCGGUGUUUUGUCUUCAGCCACCGGGAGAUUCUUACACAAGAAGAUCGAUUUUUGAUUCGAUAUUGGCAGGCUGCAUCCCUGUGUUCUUCCAUCCGGGGACAGCUUAUGCGCAAUACAAGUGGCAUUUGCCUAAGAACCACAAGAGUUACUCGGUUUAUUUACCGGUUAAGGAUGUGAAGGAGUGGGAUAUCAAAAUCAAAGAGAGGUUGAUUGAGAUUCCGGAGGAGAAAGUGGUGAGGUUGAGAGAAGAGGUGAUAAGGUUGAUACCGAAAGUGGUUUACGCUAAUCCGAGUUAUGGAUCGGAAGGGAAUGAAGAUGCGUUUGAGCUGGCUUUGAAGGGAAUGUUGGAGAAGAUUGAGGAAGUGAGAGAGAUGAUGAGACAAGGGAAAGAUGGUAGUGAAGGGUUUGAUGAUAGAGAUGAUUAUAAGUAUACAUUUUCUCCGUAUGAAGCUCAAGUCUUGGCAUAGAGAUGGAAUAUAUGCCAAUGUGGGUUUUUUUAGUUUGUUUAGGUAGAAGCAAUUUGUUUGCUUUAUAGUAAAAAAAGAAAAACAAAUAAAAGAGGCUAUAUUGAUGCAAAAGAGACAUAAAAAGAUGACA